UUAAAAGAGUGACCGCCACGCCCCUCUACGAAGUUUUAUUGCGGAAGAAGUUCUGUCGUUUCCCCCAAUAGUUGAUGUUACCGUUGAUCAUACCGUAAACUCCUUGCACCGAAACAAGAAUACUUUGCUAUAGGCCUUAUCGAGAGAGAUCGGCCAACUUGUUUAAUCGCUCGGGCGGUAAAUGGUGGCAUGGAAGUAUUUGGUGAACGCAUCUGCCAUCACUUUUGAGAAACUAACCUGUCUGACUUCUACUUUGAAAAUGGACACGAACCCUCGUCCCCAGGAGGUCCUCGACUCGUAUGAUGACACCCACCGUCCGAAGCGGCGCUGGCCACUUGUGCUGCUGUCCUCCGUUUGCUCCGCGGUCGUUGUGUUUGCGGCUGGUGUGAUUUGUGCACUGUUGUACACGAUCCUCAGAGAGCUGCGGGCUGAGCGAGUGAGAGUCGACGACGGCACUGAGGUCAGCAUGCUAGGAUUCUGGAGUAUCCUAGUGUUGUCUGCGAUAGCCGGCUGCAUCUGUUGUGUUUUCUCGUUGAGCCUCACCUACAUGGACUCCUACACACCUGGCCAGUCCAACUUCAGGCGUUCCACCGGGCGGUCCUUCCACGUGGGCUACGCAGUGGCGCUCUUGAACGGCUUCAUGGCCUCUCUGGCGGCGGGCUGGACUCUGAGUUAAUAGCAGUCGGCCCCGUUCCUCUCAUUCUACAGCCCUGAACUCCUCUGCUAGCAUGCAGGGCUGUCAGUCCGGGAAACAGGGAUAUGCUCAUUGCCUUCAAUGUUUAUUUGUGAAUAUACUAAAUAGACGAGAAGUGUCAAAAUCUAUUGGAGAUCUUAUCAAAUGCUUGAGAUAGACCGUUUGGGUUCAUUUGUAUUUUGGUUUUGUUUUAGCGUCAAGCUCGAUUUUGAGGGAAAGAAAUGCAUGAGGUCAUCUCGCUCUUCAGUUUGGGUGGAGCAGAAUGGAUGUAUGAUCAGUGGUUGUAUGUCAGCCAUGGUUUAUUGAAUUAAAGGAGAAUCUUUUUUUAUUAUCUAAACAAAAUGCUGUUUUGAAUGAACUGACAUUUAUAAAGAUACGCUCGAAAUGCCAUCCGAUAGUACCCCAGAUAUUAAUUAUGCACCUGUGGUAAAUAUUAAACAAAAAUUGAAGUUACAAAUGGAGCCUGGAGUUACAAAUUAAAACGUUUAAAGUGCCAAAUCAUACAAUUAUUAGCCAAUGGACCUUUAAAAUGACAGGGUUGGUCAUCCUGCCUAUGGAUUCAAACUCAAACAAUUUGAGGUUUAAAUGUUGCUGGUGGGAAAUUGCAGAGGUAUUUCCAUAAUAGCAUUAGCAUAAUGCAAACGUCAUAAGGAUUCAUAUAGGGUAAUUUCUGUGUGUUUGGUACUUGGUAGGACAGUUUCUAAAAUGGUUAUUCACUGCAACUCUGUCCUCAGAAAUGUGGACCUCGAUCUCUUCAGAAUCCAUGGAGUGAUUAAAAUGUAUUUUACCUCCUUAAUUCCGGAGAAGAUAUAAACGCAGGGAAUGAUUACGAACCACGACUGGCUACAACAUAAGGAUUUAUUUUUAUUCAGACUUCAUUACAAGUUAAUCAGAGCUGUGUCUUGAGAGGAAUAGAUCGACUGUACACAACAAGCAUCAAGAACACAUUUAAAUAAAGGCGAGGCUCCAACUCUGCGUA